AUGUCAUCAUCAACGUUCACUCAACGGUGGACAUCUGUACACGAUUUGACAACGAAUAGUAACAAUAACAAGAGGUUAAAUUUAUUUUUUCUACAACCGUUGUCAUCAACAGAUUCCAAUGCAUUUACAUUUCCACUACGACCUACACAAUCAUUGAUCUCACUAGUCGAACCAUCAUCUUCAUCCUCAUCAUCAUCACGACCAUCAUCUCCUCAUUCAUCAGGACAAACAAAGUCAUCAUCAUCUCGUGUUGCUGAUAUUAUUAAUCGAUUUGAAUCUCAAACUAUAUCACCAAUGAGUAAAAAUCAGAUUAAAGGAUUACCUCGAACGCCUAGUAUUUUUACUAAACAAUGGGAAAGAAAGUCUUCUCGAACUCCACUGAAUGCCGUUAUUGAAGUUCCUUCAACUUCCGUUCAAUCAAAUUCUAAAACGAAUAAUAAUAAAGCACAACCCAUAAUUAUUUAUGAAAGAAUAACUAAUCAUGAUAGGCCAGAUAAAUCCACAUCAACACCUCCACCUGUUAGUCCGAAAAGUCCAUUAGUAAAAGCAUGGAUACAAAAUAGAGCAAAAUCACAACAAACUAUUGAAAGUGAUACUGAUUCUGCUGUACAUACGAUGGCUGCUGUAACAACUACUGGUAUGAAUGAUUCUAUUGCAUCAUCACGUUCAAAUACAACUGAAUCAAGUUGUUCGUCAUCUUUAUCUCUAUCUACUUCUCCAUCAAUUCCUCAUUUUGCUCUACCUACAAUUGCUUCAACACAAAAACAACGUGAUAUGACUUCGAAUUCAACAUAUUUUAAAAGAACUUCUUCACCUCCAUCACCGACUAUAGUUACUUUUACACGUGCAAUUCCUUCGAUUCCCUCUACAUCUAAUGAAACUCCUGAACAAUCACAUUCAUCAUCAUCAUCAUCAACAAAUUCUUGUAUAUCUGAAGAAAUUUUAGUUGAUGAACAUCCUCAAUUAUCAUCUCCAGAUACUACUCCAUCAGAAACAACUCUAAUUCGAAAUAUAAUAAAUACAAAUCUACCAUUAAAAUACAAAAGAGAUUCACUUAUUCGACUUUAUGGACCUGAUGCUUUACAACAGCAUAGUACUCCUAAAUCCCAUGAUGUUAUUCUUGAAGAUGAUAUUGAUCUACCAUUUUCACCACGUAUUGUUAAUGUAAAAAAGAAUAAAGCAGUAUCUGAUGAAUAUGAACUUAUGGAAUUUCUUGGAAGAGGAAAAUUUGGUGAAGUUAAAAAAUGUCGUGAAAGAGCAACGAAACAUUUAUUAGCCGCAAAAUUUAUCCAAGUACAUAAAGAACAAGAUCGUAUUGAAGCAUAUAAUGAAAUUGAAAUAAUGAAAGCACUUCAACAUCCUAGACUUUUACAACUUUAUGAUGCUUUUGAAACCAAAGGAGAUAUUUGUCUCAUUAUGGAGCUAAUUAGUGGUGGAGAAUUAUUUGAACGUGUUAUUGAUGAUGGUUUUAUAUUAACAGAACGUCUUUGUGAAUUAUAUAUGAUGCAAAUAUGUGAAGGUGUUAAUUUUAUGCAUUCAUGUAACAUUAUUCAUCUUGAUAUGAAGCCUGAGAAUAUUUUAUGUUUAAAUCGAAAUGGUCAUCGUAUAAAAAUAAUUGAUUUUGGUCUUGCAAGAAAAUUUGAUCCAACUAAACAACUCAAAGUAUUAUUUGGUACACCAGAAUUUGUUGCACCUGAAGUUAUUAAUUUUGAUCGAGUUGGUUUUGGUACAGAUAUGUGGUCAGUCGGAGUAAUAUGUUAUGUUUUAUUGUCCGGUUUGAGUCCAUUUAUGGGUGAAAAUGAUAAUGAUACAUACGCAAAUAUAAAUCGAGCUAAUUAUGAUUUUGAUGAUGAAGCAUUUACAGAUAUAUCAGAUGAAGCCAAAGAUUUUAUUUCAAAAUUACUUAUUAAAAAUAAAGAUAAACGUCUUCAAGCUAAACAAUGUCUUGCUCAUCCAUGGUUAACUCGUCGACCUAAAUCAGUAGCAACUCCUAAUGAUGAUGAAUCAGCUGAAAAGAAAUUAUCUACAAAAAAAUUACGUAGAUUUGUUAUACGACGACGUUGGCAGAAAGCGGUCAAUGCUCUAUUAGCAUUGAAACGUAUGGGAAUGACGUUGUGA